UUCGGGCGGGAUUCCACUUCCGCCGGAAACCGAUAUUUUUGCAAAAAAUGUGGCUCUGGUUCCAAUCAGAUGUAGUGAGCUAUCUAUGAAGGCGAUUGUCAAUGUCAAGGUUGACGUCCUAGUUUUGCUCAGCAAAUGAUGCAUCAACUGUUGACAUAUUGAAACAACAUUCUAAUUUUAACCAAAUAUCUGGCUUAAAUCAAGGCACUUAUAUGAAGAUUACUUUACUUGGUGCAUGGGGAGCUGUUAAAGCUACAGUACAUGCAGUGACUGUUGGAUAUUGCAAAGACUUACUCGUCUAAAGUUCAUAUAUACUGACCAUCUAGCCCAAAUGGUUUCGGGUUGACACAAUUUGACAUUGCAUGGAUUAAAAGUGAUGAGCUACAUUGCACAAAUCCUGAUUUCAUAAUCGCUGACAUGAAUAGAAUCACACAAAAAGUAAUUAAUUCAAACUUACGAUUGUUACAUAUAAUAACAAAUCUUCCAGUAUGCACAAGUUGUGGAUCACAAAAGCAUCAUAGAUAUUUUCACUCAAUGAAUGUAAAAUCUGGAACAAAAGGAAACUUUAGGAUUCAUGACACUUUGCUCCAUUUAACAACUCCAAAGCGAGGUAUACUUGGUGGUUCCUUAAGUAGCUCAAAUGUUGGCUGCCUGGUGGACAGAUGGACUAAUGUUUUCAAAAAUAGGAAAAUAUCAGAACCAAAAGAAUCUGCUGAAUACAUUAUUGCUCAUGUCCAAGGAAGCAAAAUGUUCCAUGAAAUAGACAAAUCCAGUUUUCUGACUGCUGCACAACAUAAGAAGAUGGAGGAAUUGUGUUUAAGGAGAUUAGACAAGGAGCCUAUACAAUAUCUGCUUGGAGAAUGGGACUUUUGUGAUAUGACCCUUGAUGUCAGGCAACCAGUUUUCAUACCAAGGCCAGAAACUGAGGAGCUGGUCGAGUUGAUACAGCAAUAUUUAAAGACAAGAGGUCUGGAAAAUUCUGCACUAACUAUUUUGGAGGUUGGUUGUGGCAGUGGGGCUAUAGCAAUAGCACUUUUGAAACGGUUCCAAAAGGCUACCUGUACAUCAAUAGACAGAAGUAUUGAUGCCUGUGAGUUGACUACCCACAAUGCAGUUAAACAGAAAGUAAAAGACAGGCUUAAUGUUGUUCACCUAGAAUUAAACAAAGAUACUGUUGAAGUACAUCCUGAGUUCACAUGUACUGAAAGAUAUCAACUGCUGGUUAGUAACCCUCCUUACAUCCCAACCAAGGACAUGACAAAACUCCAGCCUGAAAUUGACCUAUUUGAGGAUCCAUGUGCCCUGCAUGGAGGCUUGGAUGGAUUGGAUACUAUUAUUAGAACCCUGCAUAUAGCUUCAAAAGUUCUACAAGACAAAGGUUUCUUGUGGUUAGAGGUAGACUCGACACAUCCUGCCAAAGUGCAGCGCCUCCUACAGGACAACAAGGAACUGAACCUACACUACGUCCAAACAUAUCAGGAUUUUAACAAAUUGGAAAGGUUUUGUCAAAUCCAGAAACAUCUUCCCGUAUGAAUUGCUGAACAAAAUGAAAACAUGUGCCAUGAUAAUAUUAUUAGAUGAUGGAAAUCAAGGAACUAGGAUCAGAGUGUUAUUAAAUUGUACACUCUAGGAUAACACUGUCACUAAAAUACUACAAAAUACUACAAAGGUGAUAUUUUUGUUAUACCAAAGUAAUAUAUAUUUAGCAUAAUAUGGAUGGAUCAGGCUUGAAACAUGAUUUGAAUGCAAAUACUAAGUAUGACAUAGGAUAUUUAUUGAAUAUCGGUCUGCACGAUCAACAGUAAUGAGAGACAAGUUUUAACACAUAUCCUAUUAUUCCUGACUAAAUGAAAUAAAUUAAUUAUAAAAAUUAAUAAGUAAAGUAUUAUAUUCUUUGUAUAUGUUUUUUCAAACAGUCAUUUUUAGCUCACGUUGUCCGUCUGUCUGUCUGUCCGU